AUAUUGGUGCUGUGACUCUGCCCCAUCAUCAUUGCCUGCUGACUUUCAACGUCCCAAACUGGCAACUUGCACGCAUUGUUCAGGGGGAGGCGCUAGUCCGGAGUAGUUUCUGGAAAGAAUCGCAUGCGUGCACCAUGGAUAAAGUUUCAGCACUGAAAGACCAGGGCAAUAAGGCGCUGAGUGCAGGAAAUAUUGACGAAGCUAUCCGUUGCUACACAGAGGCUUUGGCUCUGGAUCCAUCAAACCAUGUGCUGUUCAGUAACCGCUCUGCUGCCUAUGCCAAAAAGGGCAACUAUGAGAAUGCUUUCCAGGACGCAGUUCAGACCAUCAAGAUCAAGCCUGACUGGGGCAAGGGAUAUUCCCGCAAAGCUGCAGCUCUGGAAUUUCUUGGCCGGUUAGAGGAUGCUAGAGUAACGUACCAUGAGGGACUCCGCAAAGAACCGAGCAAUCAGCAGCUAAAGGAGGGUUUACAGAAUAUUGAAGCUCGACUUGCAGAGAAAUCAAUGAUGAACCCUUUCGCCAUGCCCAACUUAUACCAGAAGCUUGAGAAUGAUCCUCGGACCCGUGAGCUUCUGACGGAUCCCAGCUACAGAGAACUGCUGGAGCAGCUCAGAUCCAAACCAUCGGACCUUGGCACGAAGCUGCAGGAUCCAAGAGUAAUGACUACGCUUUCUGUGCUCCUUGGACUGAACCUCUCAGAGAUGGAGGAGGAAGAAGAGCCUGUUCCUUCUCCUCCCAAACCUAAAGAGACUCCUCCACCUCCUCCCAAAGAGGAAGAUCUCCCUGAAAACAAGAAAAUGGCUUUGAUAGAAAAGGAACUAGGGAAUGCUGCAUACAAGAAUAAAGACUUUGAAACAGCACUGAAACAUUAUGAUCAGGCGCUAAAGCAUGACCCAACCAACAUGACAUAUAUUUCUAAUCAAGCAGCUGUCUAUUUUGAAAAGGGAGACUUUGAAAAGUGUAGAGAGCUGUGUGAGAAGGCCAUUGAUGUCGGGCGAGAAAACAGAGAAGAUUACAGACAAAUAGCAAAGGCCCUGGCUCGAAUCGGCAACUCGUACUUUAAGGAGGACAAAUAUAAGGAAGCUAUCCAAUACUUUAACAAGAGUUUGACAGAGCACCGGACUCCAGAUGUGUUGAAGAAAUGUCAACAGGCAGAGAAGAUUUUAAAGGAGCAGGAAAAACUAGCCUAUAUCAACCCCGAGAUGGCACUUGAGGAGAAGAACAAGGGCAAUGAUGCCUUCCAGAAAGGAGACUAUCCAUUAGCCAUGAAACAUUACACUGAGGCCAUUAAGAGAAACCCCCAUGAUGCCAAACUGUACAGUAACAGAGCCGCCUGCUACACAAAGCUGCUGGAGUUCCAGCUCGCCCUGAAGGAUUGUGAAGAGUGCAUCAAACUUGAGCCCACUUUCAUUAAAGGCUACACACGCAAAGGAGCAGCAUUGGAGGCCAUGAAAGACUUUUCCAAAGCUAUGGAUGCAUACCAGAAGGCAUUAGAGCUGGAUUCAUCCUCAAAGGAAGCCACAGAAGGUAUGCAGCGCUGCAUGGUCAGCCAAACCACGAGGAACGACAGCCCAGAGGAGGUGAAGAAAAGAGCCAUGGCUGAUCCUGAGGUCCAGCAGAUUAUGUCCGACCCAGCCAUGCGCAUGAUCCUUGAACAGAUGCAGAAAGAUCCGCAGGCCCUUAGCGACCACUUAAAGAAUCCAGUAAUUGCUCAGAAGAUACAGAAGCUCAUUGAUGUUGGACUGAUAGCCAUCCGCUGAUGUAAAAGAAGAUCCACGUAUGUAAAGAAGUUCCAGGACACCAGUGGAACCCUGCUCAGAUUCUUCUAAAAUGAUACAUCUGAUCUUUCUUGCCUUUAAAAUCAAGAUUAUAUUGUCCUCUGCCUGACUGGGACUUUUGUCUGUAUUUGUUUUUUAUUAUUAUUCUUGUUCACCACUUUGACAUUGUGUUGGGAAGGGGAAAAAUAUAUCCUCUGGAAAGCUUCAGCACUCCAGGCAACAUCAACUACAAAAGAGAAUUGUAAAGGUGCUGUAAAACAUCAAUAAACAUCACAGUCCAGUAGAACAUUUCCCUCGGUGUUUAAUGGGGAAAUCUACCCUAAAGCUCAUGCUGGUUUAUGCUACAAAUGUUAGUUUAAAACAUUUCUUAUUGAAUUGACAUACAACAGUGUGUUGUCAUCUGGUUUAUCAGAUUUAUUUUCCUGUUUCCUCUUUUGUCAAACUUACAGAUAUUUGCCCUAUUUCUCAUUCAAGGUGUAAAUCUUCAUUAAAUCACAUGCUUAAAAAUCUAUACAAGUAUCGACUACUGGCAUGUAAUCUGGACAAAGAUUCAUUAACCAUUUGUAAUAGUUUAGACAUCUUGAUCUUUAGCUGUACUCUGACAUCUGAUCACUGUGCAGACGUGACUAAAAUCUGAGUUUAAUAGAGAACACUGGGUUAUUUGAGGAGUGGAUUAUCUAGACAUGAUGGUCAGAUUCCAGUUUUUAUUUUGAGGACCAUAGCACAACCUGAUAACUAUUUUUUUCUUCUUUUUUUUAAAACCUUGUAUUUGAACAUUUAAAUGGGACAAAUGUUAAUUGUAAAAAGGAAAAAUGCAGCAGGUACCUUCUUAGAGGUAGUGGUUCCAAAUCCAACAGGAAAUUAAGGAUUUACUCAAAUUUAUCAAAAUUUUCCCCAUUUAUUCAAAACAUUUGUCCCCUUUAUUAGAUUUAUGCUUGACUCAAAAGGGCUUCAGAAAGCUUGUUAUUUGCUUAUGUGUUACAGACUAAAAGGGGAAUUAUUUUCUGUUUUGAUGGAACUUUGAGAUAUUUAUCUCCAAAUAUUUGACCCACGGACUAAUGGAAAAUUAUUAAUUAAUUAAAUACGAUUUUGUACGCUGGCUGGUGCAUCAUGUAGAGUCCCCUAUUAAAAACAGGUAUUGAUAAAUUCUGUAUUUCACUCUAGUGCAUUUACAAUGUUUGACAUUUAGAGUUGUGGCACAGCCUGCUGAUAGUUUAACAGUAAAUUACUGCAAGCAAAGUAGUUCUUGAAGUUUAUCCAAACUGUCCUUAUUGGUUUUACUUUGCAGAUGUGGGUGUCUGUUUUCCCAGCGGUUCAGCUGUCUUGACUUGGGUCUCUGAAGAAUUAAUAGUUUAUAUUACAGCUGAACAGGUUGCCACAUGUGUCUCUAGAUACCUCAAAAUCUGAAAUGUCACUGUAUUUGUGCUACUGUUUCAGAGUUGGGAUCAUAUGUUUUGUCUUUGUAUUGUCGCACUAGGGGCAUUUCUCUGAAGUUUUCUAUUGUGGACUGCAGAUAUCAGGGUAUGGUUAUUGUUCACAGUCUGGUCCUAAUUUUGUAAUAAACCACAUGCAACAGUUGUCCCUCAUGGUGUAAAGGAAAUCGUCCCAGGAAAGGCAUGUGCUAUUAGAAAUUAGCUGUAAGAUAAAAUACAGAUUAUCUGAAUGUAAAUCAA